GGACUGGAAGAGAACAGAGUGGCCGGCACUUCCGGCCGGCGGCCGCCGUUCUGGGUGAGCAGGCCCCUGAAGUGCUGUGCCUGCAGAUACCAUUGUGGACCCUGGAGAGGCACCCUGCUACUUACGCGGUAAAACCUCUACCACCCCAAACCUGGUCAGUUUGAGGGGAGCCGCUGCCACAGUAUCCACAGAGAAGGCCGGAGUUCCAGCCGUGUGGGGCAGCAGAGGGGAGUCUGACAGGGUCACCUCCUCCACAGAGAGAACUGGCAGCUGACUGCACUGCCAGGAGCCAAGGCCUGGGUGUGUGGAGCCUGGAAGACCAGGGAUACCUGAGGCAGGAGGUGCAGCGUGUGGAGUGAGGAACCCGAGAGGGGCUGGGGCCCGUGCUCAGCAUCAGCAGAGCAGGCAGGCAGAGUGGAGAGGGAGAGACGGAGCCCCAGAAGGGGAGCAGGAGGAGGCGGAAGUAGUGGCAGCAGCCCAGGCCAGGCGUGUGUCCUGCAAGUGCUAGGACCAGCCACCCCUCCCCAUGGCCUCCAAGCCGGCUGCCGGGAAGAGCAGAGGGGAGAAGCGGAAGAGGGUGGUGCUGACCCUGAAGGAGAAGAUUGACAUCUGCACGCGCCUGGAGAAGGGCGAGAGCCGGAAGGCACUGAUGCAGGAGUACAACGUGGGCAUGUCCACCCUCUAUGACAUCAGGGCGCACAAGGCGCAGCUGCUCCGGUUCUUCGCCAGCUCGGACUCCAACAAGGCACUGGAGCAGCGGCGCACGCUGCACACACCCAAGCUGGAGCACCUGGACCGUGUCCUGUAUGAGUGGUUCCUGGGGAAGCGCUCCGAGGGCGUCCCCGUGUCAGGCCCCAUGCUCAUCGAGAAGGCCAAGGACUUCUACGAGCAGAUGCAGCUCACUGAGCCCUGCGUGUUCUCCGGAGGGUGGCUCUGGCGCUUUAAGGCCAGACAUGGCAUUAAAAAGCUAGAUGCGUCCAGUGAAAAGCAGGCAGCCGACCACCAGGCCGCGGAGCAGUUCUGUGCAUUUUUCAGGAGCUUGGCUGCCGAGCACGGGCUGUCUGCCGAGCAGGUUUACAACGCCGACGAGACUGGCCUUUUCUGGCGGUGCCUGCCAAAUCCCACUCCGGAAGGCGGGGCUGUGCCUGGCCUCAAGCAGGGCAAGGACCGGCUGACCGUGCUGAUGUGUGCCAACGCUACGGGCUCCCACAGGCUCAAGCCCUUGGCCAUCGGGAAGUGCAGCGGUCCCAGGGCUUUCAAAGGCAUCCAGCACCUGCCCGUCGCCUAUAAGGCCCAGGGGAAUGCCUGGGUGGACAAGGAGAUUUUUUCUGAUUGGUUCCAUCAUAUCUUUGUGCCCUCGGUGAGAGAGCACCUCAGAACCAUAGGUUUGCCUGAAGAUAGCAAAGCCGUUCUCUUGCUGGACAGCUCCCGGGCUCACCCGCAGGAGGCCGAGCUGGUGUCCAGUAACAUUUUCACCAUCUUCCUGCCUGCCAGCGUGGCCUCAUUGGUGCAGCCCAUGGAGCAGGGCAUUCGGAGAGAUUUCAUGAGGAACUUCAUUAACCCUCCGGCCCCCCUGCAGGGCCCCCACGCCCGCUACAACAUGAAUGAUGCCAUAUUCAGUGUGGCCUGUGCCUGGAAUGCAGUGCCUAGCCACGUCUUCAGGCGGGCCUGGAGGAAGCUGUGGCCAUCGGCUGUGUUUGCUGAAGGCUCCUCCUCUGAGGAGGAGGUGGAGGCAGAGCGCUUCCAAGCGAAGCCCCACAACAAGUCCUUUGCGCACAUCCUGGAGCUUGUGAAGGAAGGCUCCUCCUGCCCGGGCCAGCUUCGCCAGCGCCAGGCCGCCAGCUGGGGUGUAGCGGGAAGGGAGGCAGAAGGGGGACGGCCCCCUGCUGCCACGUUGCCAGCAGAGGUUGUGUGGAGUUCAGAAAAGACUCCAAAAGCUGACCAGGACGGCGGAGGAGAUCCUGGUGAGGGCGAGGAGGCGGCCUGGGAGCAGGCGGCCAUGGCCUUCGACGCAGUCCUGCGCUUUGCGGAGCAGCAGCCAUGCUUCAGUGCGCAGGAAGUGGGGCAGCUGCGGGCGCUGCGUGCCGUGUUCCGGAGCCAGCAGCAGAGGGAAGUGACUACACCCCUAUGGUGUAGACAUACUGAUGCUCCUCCACGAAGCAGCAAAGUUCUGUUGUUUCAGGAGACUGUGGGCCUUGAGGAUGUGGUAGUGACCUCACCAGAGGAGUUGGCAAUUCCUAAGUGCUGCCUGGAGGCCUCUACAGAGACAUAAUGUUGGAGAACUUCUGCCACAUGGCAGUGCUGGGUAAGACCCCUCUGUCCCCACCAGUGCCCUUGAGGUUAUGGGUGUUGGUGGGUCUGUGGCCUCCAUCUCCAUGACGAUGGUGUUAAGGACUGCAUGUUUGUGUCCCCCCCAAAGUUUAUAUGUUGAAACCAUGACCCCCAGGAGGGUGGUAUUAGGAGGUGGGGCCUUUGGGAGGUGACUAGGCUUAGGUGAGGUUGUGAGGGUGGGGCUACCUGAUGAGAUGGAGUCCUUAUAAGAAAAGGAAGGAACUAGAGCAAGGUCACUUUCUGCUGUGUGAGCAUGCAAGAAAACUGCCAUCUUCAAGCUGGGCGCAGUGGCUCACGCCUGUAAUCCCAGCACUGGAAGGCCAAGGCAUUAGGAUUGCUUGAGUCUAGGAGUUCAAGACCAGCCUAGGCAUGAUAAGACCUUACUGCUAAAAAAAAAAAAAGAAAUAAAAUAGAAAACUGCCAUCUGCAAAUGAGAAAGCCUUCGGCCGACACCAGACUGCCAGUGCUUUUGAUAUUGGACUUUCAGUCCCCAGAUCUGUGAGAAAUUAAUUUCUGUUGUUUAAGCCACCUAGCCUGUGGUAUUUUGUUAUAGCAAUCCAAACUGACUGAGACAGGCAGUAAGGAGAGAACAGAGGUCUGCUUCAGGUCCAGACAGUUCUGCCAUUGCCCCUGACUCCUCAGUGCCAGUCAUGGGCCAGGCCCCUGGGGGACUUGGAGUGAGUGAAACAUGCACCUAUUAUUAAGGUUCACCUGGUCUAGAAGGGGAGGCAGACCCACACUGCCCAUCAUGACCCAGACAGAGGCGAUAAAUAUGCAGCACCUCAUGGCCAGGGCCUGGGGGAUUCCCACCAUACCCUACCCAGCGCCAAUAACAGAGGGACCCCGGAGUUGUGUACACAAGAUAGCAGUUUAGUGCUUGCACACAUACUAGUUGAGAAAGGAAAUCAGGGCUGAUGAAACAGCUCAAAUGUCUGGCAGAGCCAGGCUCCUCCUGCCAUGAUACAGUUUGGAUGUUUAUCCCUUUCUAAUCUUAUAUGGAAAUUUGAUCCCUAGUGUUGAAGGUGGGGCCUGGUGGGAGAUGUUCCUGUUAUCGGGAUGGAUCCUUCAUGAAUAGCCUGGUGCCAUCUUUGUGGUAACAAGUGAGUUCUCACUUGAUUAGUUUCUAUGAGAACUGUUUGUUAAAGAGUCUGGUGGCACCUCCCUCCCUUCUUCUUCCUUCUCUUGCUAUGUGAUGCUGCUGCCCUUUGCCUUCCAUCAUGAGUGGAAGCUCCCUGAAGUCCCCACCAGAAGGAAAUGCUGGCACUGUGCUGCUUGUACAGCCUGCAGAACUGUGAGCCAAAUAAACCUCUUUAUAAAUUA